AAUGUGCGGAGAUUUAGCUAAAUAGUAACAUUUGUCAAGUGAAGUAUUUGGUGUUGAGUUUCAAAUAAACUGAGCUGUCUGUGCUGUAUAUUUUCAAUAGGGCAGAGCAGGACUAAAGACGAAUCUGGCACUCGUCUGGGGGUUAAAAUGUAAAGUCCAGGUAUUAUCUACUUGUGAAAUCAGGAAGGAGGGACGCAGUUGAAGUUAAUAACCUCAUAUAUGUCAGAACUGGGCUUUUGUGCGCUGUACGCAGAGGAAGAGAUUGUAUUGUGAUGUAAAAAAUGAAGACAGGAUUCAUGGCUGCCUGCUUCUGGAUUCUUGUGUGUGUCCUGCUGAAUGUCUGUCAGAGGGCAGCUGUGGCUCUGGAUGGAAAGGAUUGCAGCAGUUCUCCAGAAAACAGAUGUGACUUCAUUUGUGACUGCAAAGACUGCAGUGAUGAGCAAGACUGUGGUUAUCUUGGGCCAAAGUUUGUGUGUGAUUUUGAGCAUGAGGGCAAAUGUGGAUGGACUGCAAAGCCAGCUGAAGGUGCGUACAUGUGGCAGAGACAGAGGAGAGGAAAAACACUGCCGGACAGCGGCCCGUCCUCAGACUACACCACUGGAACCUCAACAGGCUGGUUUAUGGCAGUGACGGCAGUGACUUCAGAUGCACCCCAAACUGCAAUUCUUGAGUCACCUACAAUAAAACACUCCUCUCCGACCUGUCGCCUUCGCCUCAGAUACUUCAUCUGGGACUCAGGGCACACAGGUAUGGGUGAGACUCCUCUGUGGGGCUCAGUGAGACAGACUGACGGUGAGCAGGCUGUGGUCUGGAGGCCCGAGAGCUCCAGCUUCAGAGGCUGGAGGGAGGACGUCAUCUACCUGGGCAGAAUAACAGGGCCUUUCAACAUGCAGCUGCACUCCAGACGCAGUGAAGGGAAACAGGGAGACGUGGCCAUCGAUCAAAUGGAGUUUCUGGAUUGUGCCCUGCCAGUUCCUCCUGAAAGCGGCAAAUGCACUGCUGGUUUUGUGCAAUGUAAACGGGAUGGCUGUGUGGAGGAAUAUAAAGUGUGUGAUGGCACAGAUGACUGCGGUGACGGGACAGAUGAGGAGAACUGUGAGCAGAACAACAGCUGUAACUUUGAGGAUGGUCUUUGUUGGUGGGAUCUACGUUCGAUGGCAUCACUGAAGUGGACAUGGACCGAUCAGAUGAAUAUAUCACUUUCUGAGCCUUUAAAAGGACCUGGUAGAGACCACUCUAGCAAUAAAGCAUCAGGACGUUUCCUAUAUGUUACCAAGCCGAACUUCACUGCGAGUGAUUGGACGACUUUUCAAAGCCCUCCUCUGGCACCAACUAAUGAGACACAUCCUUGUCGGAUGGUCAUGUACACACAUCAGUUUGGCCGAGUGUCAGGUGGGCUGUCUGUGUUGGUGGCAGAGAGGCAGUUUUAUCCUGUAUGGAGGCGUGGAGGUGCUCUUGGGGACUUGUGGGUGAAAGCCGAGGUGGAGUUUGUCGUCAACAGCACGUUUCAGAUUCUGUUUGUUGCAGCCAUUCGAGACCAACCGUAUGGAGGGAUUGCUGUUGAUGAUAUUGUAUUGUCCCCUGGGUGCAUCUUAUCUAAUGAAUCAAUGCCACAAGCAGGUUAUCCAAAGCCUCCGGAUCACCCAUGCACAAAGGACAGUUCGAAAAUCUGUGACUUUCAUGAGGACUGUACUAACGGAGAAGACGAGGAUCAGUGUGGAGACUUCUCAUAUGCGAAGGGAAGCUCUGGCUGGACGGAUACCAGUAUAGGGAGCCAAGCCUGGGAGCUAAAAGUGGUGAAUACCAUAAGUAAAGAGGAAUUCCUGUUUGUGACUGGUGCUCCUGGCCAGCAACUAAGUGAAGCCCAGACUCGAACCCCCCUCUUGGGUCCGUCAGGUCCAGUGUGCACCCUGCAGUUCUCCUACAGCCUCACUGGCACUAACCCACAUAUAGGUGAACUGGCAGUGUAUGUAGUAGACAGUGUGAUGGGGACCCAACCUGUGCUGUGGGACUUUGCUGGAAGGACCAAUGAGACGACAGGAACCUGGCAGAAAGAGGAGGUCUAUGUUGGUGCAAGAGAUCAUCGCUUUCAGUUAGAGUUCAGGGCCCGUGCUAAAGAUCUCUCCUCAAGCGCUCUGAUUGCAGUGAAGGAUGUGCACUUUGUUGACUGUUCUCCAAUGUUUAUCCCCUCUGGUGAUAUAUCAUGUAAUUUUGAGGUCAACAUGUGUGGAUGGUACCAGGACCAAACAGAUAAUUAUAACUGGAAGCUUCAUAGUGGAAUGGACCACACUGUCCAUGAUGGCAGGAGUCUGGUUGUGGAUAUGUGGGACCCUUCACUGCGAGGUCUUUCUGGACGUCUCCUCUCAAUCAGACAGACAAGUAAAACUGAGCACUGUCUGUCCUUCUUCUACAAACUCUAUGGGCCAAACACAGGCGCUCUCAGUGUGAAGCUGCUGUUUGCUGAUGGUUCAGAAGAGCUGUUGUGGAUGCGUAGUGGUGCCCAUGGUAACGUCUGGCAUGAGGGCCAUUGCCCUGUGCCUCCUCAGCUCUCUGCCUUCCAGCUAGUGUUUGAAGCCACUCGUUCUGGUUUUGACGGUCAGUUGGCUUUGGAUGAUGUGGCCUUUGUGGAAGGACAGUGUUCUUUGCCCACUAUGUGCUCAUUUGAGAGUCAGACCUGUGGCUACACCAGUUCUGGAAGAGCCAGGUGGGUCCAUCAGAACUGGGCAUCCUCCAAAAAUGGACCCACGACCGACCACAGCCUGGAGACAGAAAAUGGUUUCUACAUGCUGGCCCAUAGCAGUGUGGAUAUCCUUCCCGAGGGCAGCGUGACCACCUUAACCUCCCCUGUGCGAAAAGGCUUGUCUCACACUGAAUGCGUUCACUUCUGGUACCAUACAGGAGGAGACAAACCAGGCACACUAAGCGUUUAUGUGAAGCCUUCUAAUGGAGACAGAAUACUGUUAUUCUCUAGUAGUGUCACCCAGGGACAAGCCUGGCGACAUGCGCAAGGAAAUGUUGAAAGUCAUGGAGACUGGCAGCUGCAGUUUGAGGUGAAAGGAGGAGGAGGAGGCAGUUCAAGUUUUAUUGCCAUUGAUGAUGUCACCUACUCCACCCACAGCUGCCCUCCAAAAGACAGCGUUUGCGAUUUUGAGAAUGGUUUGUGUAGUUGGUCCAACACUCAAAAUCCAUCCCUAGACUGGUUAGAUUGGGAUGUGACCAGUGCGCAAACUGAGAUGUUCUACAACACACCACCAUACGACCGAACAUCAAACACAGAAGGACAUUUCCUGGUGCUUCCUAAUUCGGAUCGGGACACUGCUACCCAUAAUGCUUUGUUGCUGAGCCCGCAUCUGUCAUCAACCAAAGGAACCUGUCUGAGCUUUUGGGUCUAUCAGCCAACCAUACAUGACACCAAACUCACAGUUUGGAGGCGGUCUGAAGAGACCAAACAAGAGUUGCUAACUCUAAAUGAGGGUGAUCGAAACUGGAAGUACUUUAGUGUCGAUAUCACCUCAGAAAGCGAGUACCAGAUUGUACUAGAAGGUUUUAAAGGAGAGAAAGGAGUUCUUGCCUUGGAUGAUCUACGCUAUACAGUAGGAGUGAACUGUGCUGGACAAAAGACUGACCAAAGCUCAUCAUCAUCUGCCAACACGGGAACCAUUGUGGCCUCUAUUGUGGUCGUCAUUGUGCUUUUAGUGAUUCUCGCUGUCUUGCUGGUGCUCUACCGAAAGAAUAAACAAAGUUCCAUAAUGCAGUCCUCAGGCGGAUCUCAUGUAAGCUGCUCUGGCUUUGGAAAUGACAUGUAUGAUUCUGGAGAUACUGCACCUCUGGAGGAGGUGAGUGAGAGUACAGGAGCAUAGGAGGAUAUUUUGGUGACCUUCAAGCAAAACAGUGGACAUUACAGCAGGAGAACUGAUUGUAAAAGACUGUAGAAGAACUAGAAUCUACAUCAGGGGUGUCCAAACUCUGUCCUGGAGGGCCGGUGUCCUACUGAGUUUAGCUCCAACUUGCUUCAACACACGUACCUGCCAGGAAGUUGCUAGUCUAUCUAGUAAGAGCUUGAUUAGCUGGUUCAGGUGUGUUUGAUCAGGGUUGGAGCUUAACUCUUCAGGACACCGGCCCUUCAGGACAGAGUUUGGACACCCCUGGAUUACAUCAUUCCCUAACCCUAACCUCAACCUCAGAAGCAUUCCAAUACACUAUUGGCAGUAGAAUCUGAUGGGUAGGAUAAACCGUUAGGAUGCCUUUCGUAACACAAGACAAACAAGCCAAAGUGCCAACACUGAUGCUAAGCAAAACAAGGUUUUAUAUAUUAGGGUAAAUAUAAAACAACUUAUUUUACUUA